GCCAUAUUUGUCUGCCCGGCCGGCGGCAAAAAAGAUCAUUUCGGUCGAUAGCUAGCCCCCUGCUCGAGCCCCAUGCAUGCAACUUCUUCGCAGCCUCCCUCCACCCCGGCCCCUGCCGAUCAGCUCCACCAUCACAGAGCCUUGUAGGUGACUUACUCGCCUGGUGAUUAGCAGGCAGGAAGUAGCUGGUUUCUAACCCGGCGCACCGGCCACCUACUCGCCAUCUCCUCCGGCUCUACACCGCGGCAGCGGCAUCGAUCGAUUUACCCUCUGCGCGUACCUAGCCCGUACCUGACCCUCCUUGGCGCCAUGGGGAGCUCGUGCGUGAACCUCUCCCGCGCCGUCGCGGCCGCGAGGCGCCCGGGCUUCGCCACCGCCGGUGGCGCCGGCGGCCACGGGAGGAGCGUGGUUGCAUUGUCGUCGUCGUCGUCGUCGAGGAGGCGCACCGCGGCUGACGGUGGCGUGUCGUGCGGCAUCGCCAACGGGUACCUGGGCGGCUCCUCGGGCGGGUCGCGGCCGCCUUCCUUGCCGGUGCACGGCAAGAGCUCCGGGCCCGGUUCGGCGCGGGAGGCGGGUGGUGAUCACGAUCGCGCUGACGGGCUCGGGAUCCAGGAGUUCCUUGGCGGCAAGAACUUCCUCAUCACCGGCGGGACCGGCUUCCUAGCAAAAGUUCUGAUCGAGAAAAUCUUGAGGACGAACCCUGACGUGGGCAAGAUGUACGUGCUGAUCAAGGCCAAGGACAGCGAGACGGCACUGCAGAGACUGCAAAAUGAGGUGGUAGACACGGAGCUGUUCAAGCGCCUGCAGGAGAUCCACGGGGACGACUACCACGGAUUCAUAACCAGGAAGCUUGUCCCCGUAGUUGGCGACGUCCGGGAGGCCAACAUCGGCAUUGCCCCCGAGCUGGCCGAUGAGAUCGCGGAGCGGGUGGACAUCAUCGUCAACUCCGCCGCCAACACCACCUUCGACGAGAGGUAUGAUGUUGCCAUGGACAUCAACACCGUGGGGCCGUUCCGGAUAAUGAGCUUCGCGCAUCGGUUUCGAAGGCUGAAGCUCUUCCUGCAAGUGUCGACAGCGUAUGUGAACGGGCAAAGGCAGGGUGUCGUGCUGGAGAAGCCAUUUCAGUUGGGUGACACCAUAGGGAAAGAGUCAGCUGGAUCCUCGGAUUCUUCGGAGCAGCACAAGAACGCCGUGCUGGACAUCGAGGCGGAGAUCAAGCUGGCCUUCGACUCGAGAAGGCGACCCGACGAUGACUCGGCUUCUUUCUCUCAGGAGAUGAAGGAUCUAGGGCUAGAGAGAGCGAAGCUCCAUGGGUGGCAAGACACCUAUGUGUUCACCAAGGCCAUGGGGGAGAUGGUGAUCAACAGCAUGCGAGGGGAGAUCCCCGUGGUCACCAUCAGGCCCAGCGUCAUUGAGAGCACCUGGAGAGACCCCUUCCCGGGCUGGAUGGAAGGGAACAGGAUGAUGGACCCUGUCGUCCUCUACUACGGCAAAGGCCAGCUGAGCGGGUUCCUCGCCGAUCCGGCCGGAGUCCUAGACGUGGUUCCGGCGGACAUGGUGGUGAACGCGACGCUGGCGACGAUGGCGAAGCACGGGCGGGCGGCGGAGGGGGGAAUGCACGUGUACCACGUGGCCUCGUCGACGGUGAACCCGCUGGUGUUCGGCGACCUGAGCCGGUUCCUGUUCCAGCACUUCACGCGGAGCCCCUACAGCGAUGCGGCGGGGCAGCCCAUCGCCGUGCCGCCCAUGCGCCUCUUCGACACCAUGGAGCAGUUCGCCAGCUACGUCGAGACGGACGCGCUGCUGCGGAGCGCCAGGGCCGGCGUCCCCGCCGGCGAGCGCCUCUCCCAGCGCCUCCAGGAGCUCUGCGCCAAGUCCGUCGAGCAGACCAUCCACCUCGGCAGCAUCUACCAGCCCUACACCUUCUACACCGGCAGGUUCGACAAUGGCAACACGGAGGAGCUCAUGGCAGAGAUGUCGACAGAGGAGAAGGCGGUGUUCCACUUCGACGUGAGGAGCAUCGACUGGACGGAUUACAUCACCAACGUCCACAUCCCAGGGCUCAGGAAGCACGUCAUGAAAGGGAGGGGCAUCGCUGCGGAAUCGCCACCCUCCACGGUGCUCGCCGCCACCUCCACCUCCACGGAGUGAACCCACUGCCUUCACACCGAACAUGGAAAUGCGCCGCAGCGUGUACACUAGAGUUAGAUUGUAUCAUGUGCCUAAGUACGUGAUCCACUGAAGAAACACAUUUGGCUAUGUGUUAGCAGCAACUUAACUAAGGUUGAUGUCAUUCUGUCGAUUGAUUCUGCAUUAUAGACCUGUUUGUCCUAAACAACAGAAAAUACUUGUUCUCCUCUCUGCAUGUAAUUUCUUAUCGUGUAUUUGUGGGAAAACAAAGCUUUGGAAAUACUGAAAUAUGAUUUAAUUAA